GGUCUCGGUGCGUCAAGUGUUUUUAACGAAAUAAUUAGAAAAUAUAAAGACGUGUAUUGUUUCUUUUUAUUUGUCAGUGUGCGAAAAUGACUAUUGUGUGUUCAGCUACCGGCUGCUCUAGUCGAGCGGGAGUUUUGGAUAAAAACAAUGAAAAAAUAUCUUUCCAUCGAUUUCCCAAAAAUCCAGAGAUAAAUAAAAAAUGGGUACAAAACAUGAGACGAGUAGAAUGGACGCCGUCGAAAUUUGCAAGAUUGUGUUCACUGCAUUUCGAGCCUGCGUGUUAUCAAGAUGGAUACUCUAGAAGAAUUCUACAAUCUUAUGCCGUACCAACUAUAUUUCCAAACCAAUUAUCUGCUUUAAAGAAAUGUCCUAAGAAGCGAAUGCUGAUUAUGAAGAGCUCUAACGAAACUUCAACAUCUUCUAGUCAGGAAUGUCAGACUGAAAAUAUUAAAUGUCCUAAGAAACGACGGCUAGUUUUGAACACUAGUAAUGAAGCCUCAACCUCAUCUGUUAAUCAAGGAUAUCAGGAUGAAAAUGGGCCUAUGACUAAAGGACUUAAAUCUAAACUGGAACAUUAUAAAAUGUUAGCAGAAAAGCGUGGGAGAAAAUUGAAAAAUUUACAACGUAAAUUUUCAAGGGUUGUAGAGAAAAAGGAUAGCCUGGAGGUUAUUUUAAACAUUUUAAAUUAGAAGAAGAGAAAAAGUCAAUAGUUAAAAAUUCUAUUGAUUUGGAAAAUCCAGUUGUAUCCCGAUAUUUCCAAAAAGCACAGGGAUGCUCACUGCCCAAAGAAUAGCCA